CCUCCCCCAGCUCCAGAAGAGCGCGCGGCCAGGACACCGGGCUGGUUACUUCCUCCACCGCGGCGCUGAGCACGGAGUGGACACCACCGCGUCCCACCUAUCCCCGCCAUCGUCCCCGGCCCCGCGCGCCCGGGUCGGCCCCGCGCCCUCGCCUCGCCGGGCCUCACGCGCCCGGAUCACCGCGAUCUCCUCUCCCAGCCGCCCUCCGGCCGGCCCUGCCCGCUGCGGCGCGAUGAACGAUUUUGCAAUCAAGAACAUGGACCAAGUGGCCCCUGUCGCCAACAGUUUUCGAGGGACGCUGAAGCGCCAGCCGGCCUUUGACACCUUCGACGGUUCUCUGUUUGCUGUGUUCCCCUCCUUCAGUGAAGAGCAGACGCUCCAAGAAGUGCCCACGGGCUUCGAUUCCGUCUCCCAUGACUCAGCCAGCUGUGAACUGCCCUUACUCACGCCCUGCAGCAAGGCCGUGAUGAGCCAAGCCUUAAAAGCCACCUUCAGUGGCUUCCACAAGGAGCAACGGCGUCUUGGCAUUCCCAAAAACCCCUGGCUUUGGAGUGAGCAGCAGGUGUGCCAGUGGCUGCUCUGGGCCACCAAUGAGUUCAGCCUAGUGAACGUGAAUCUGCAGCGGUUUGGCAUGAAUGGCCAGAUGCUGUGUAACCUCGGCAAGGAGCGUUUUCUAGAGCUGGCACCUGACUUUGUGGGGGACAUCCUCUGGGAACAUCUGGAGCAGAUGAUCAAGGAGAACCAAGAAAAGACGGAAGACCAGUAUGAAGAAAACUCACACCUCAACGCAGUCCCUCACUGGAUCAGCAGUGAUACAUUAGGCUUCGGCAUGGAACAGGCGCCAUAUGGAAUGCAGGCACCAAGCUACCCCAAAGACAGCCUCCUGGACAGCAUGUGUCCGCCGUCUGCCACGCCUGCAGCUCUCGGCCCUGAGCAGGAGUUCCAGAUGUUGCCCAAGUCUCGGCUCAAUACCGUCAGCGUCAACUAUUGUUCCGUCGCCCAGGACUUCCCUGGCGGCAACUUGAAUUUGCUCACCAACAGCUCUGGGAAACCCAAGGACCACGACUCUCCAGAGAACGGCGCGGACAGCUUCGAGAGCUCUGACUCGCUCCUUCGGUCCUGGAACAGCCAGUCGUCCUUACUGGAUGUGCAGCGGGUGCCGUCCUUUGAGAGCUUUGAGGAGGACUGCAGCCAGCCACUGUGUCUCAAUAAGCCAACCAUGUCCUUCAAGGACUACAUCCAGGAGAGGAGUGACCCAGUUGAGCAAGGCAAACCAGUUAUCCCUGCAGCUGUACUGGCUGGCUUCACCGGAAGUGGACCGAUCCAACUGUGGCAGUUUCUUCUGGAGCUGCUCUCUGACAAAUCCUGUCAGUCUUUUAUCAGCUGGACAGGGGAUGGCUGGGAGUUCAAGCUUGCUGACCCCGACGAGGUGGCCCGCCGGUGGGGAAAGAGGAAAAACAAGCCAAAGAUGAACUACGAGAAGCUUAGCCGGGGUCUGCGAUACUACUACGACAAAAACAUCAUCCACAAGACGUCAGGCAAGCGCUACGUGUACCGCUUCGUGUGUGACCUGCAGAACUUGCUAGGGUUCACUCCUGAGGAACUGCAUGCCAUCCUGGGCGUCCAGCCUGACACAGAAGACUGAGGUUCCCCGGGGAUGAUCCUGAGCUGGCCCCGGGGGGGCCCCCGGGGACUGAGUGGGAAAACCCGUCCUGACCCCACUGCUCCAAAGACCCAUGGGAGGGCAGGAUGGACCCCCCCCACACCUCUGGGAGCUACCAAACAGAAGUGGCCUCCCCUGGUCCCAUGCCUCUUCCCCAAGGCCAGUUCCCCAGUGGUGGAAGGUGGCGUGGCCUCUCUGUCUGUGUCACCAGACCUGGAAGGGAAGGGGCUCUGGAAAGCCACCCCAGCACCGAGCAGGCUGUGUGCCGAUCACCGUCGUUUGAGGCUAUUUGAGAUGCUCCAGGGAGCUGGCGUGUGGUGGGUGGUACAAGCCCUGAAAAACGUUGUUGUUUUUUUUUUUCUUUGGCCUUUUUGCCGCCAGGAGUAGCGAACACAAAAGCCACCUCCUCUAAGCCGGCUAAGGCAGGUGGAGAGCAGUGACUGCUCCGUCUCAGAAGUCAGUUUGUACAUAUUUAUUGUAUCUUACGACGUCAAAAAUACGCCAACUGUUCUAUUUAACGGAAAUUGUAUAUUGUAUUUAAAAGUAAUUAUAACUGUGUUUGAAUCAAGAAUGCAGAUACCUGGUAGAUUUCCUUUUCUUUCUUUCUUUUCUUUUUGUUUUCCCACUAGCACCUAGGAAUGUCAUUUUACACAGAUUUAAUCUCUCAGGGGCCGACUGAGAGAAAUCGUAAUAUACUGUUUUCAUUUGAUUUUCCAACAGGAAUGGGGUCUGAGGGAUGACCCCUUGUUUUUACUUUUGUUUUUGUUGUUGUUGUUGUUGUUGUUAUGUUAGUUCUGACUUGCUCAUUAUCUGGCCAGGACUUUGUAUAUUGAGGUUUUGUUUUUUUUAAAUAAGAGACUUAAUGUUAUUGUUUGAGGGUGCCUUGGGCCUCUCCACUUCCUCCUGGACUGUAAAGCAAAAGCUACAAAGCAGUAUUUUUCUUGACAAAUGGCACAUGCUUCCCACUUCUCUGCAUGCCUUAACUCGGUUUCUACACAAAUAUAUUUUAUUUUUUGGCGUAACUGUGCCUUUCCAGGCAACUCCCCGCACCCCCUCCCCCAGCCAAUUGCUUCCUUCCUUAGCCCCAAGGCAUUCUGUGUGACUACAAUAAGAAGACUAUUUUUGGAAAUCUAUGCCUCCUUUUCAGAGAUCAGAAGGGAUUUAUGUAGCAGCUAUUUUUACUGCAAAAAAGUAACUCACUGGAAAAAAACUGUAAUUUGUACGAAAGCUUUAUUUUUAUCUUCGCUCGUGUAAAGGGAAAUGUGUCGGGCAGCGCCGAGGGCAGUCGGGAGGGAUCGAUCGUCCAUCAGCCUUUGACCUCAAGUGAAGCCUGGCGCUUCCCAUCCCCCUGACCUGCCGUGUUUCUUGCAUCUGGGUUGCACGUGCCUCUUUCUGCUCCGUGUCCUGAGAGGGUUUACUCCUCUUAUUUUUCUUGGCCUCGGAUACCCAGGAGCACAGGCAGGGCCAAAGCAAGAUGGGAAACAGGGCGGAGCUGCUUGCGCGGUGUUCCUAUCUGGUGAAGAGCUCGAGACCCCACCUCGAGACCCCAAAGCUUUCACCCCGUCACUGGGUUUCAAAAGCAGGAGCACACACUUUGCCGUUCACCGGCAGGGUGGCCUCGGGGCCAGCAGGUGACACCGACAGAGAGUCAUCAAACCACGAGACCUUGCAAAUGGACCCAAGAACGGCGAGGACCUGCUGUGCCAGUCCUGGGAGCCUUGGCCUGCAGACUGAAUGCUCUGCAGCUAAGCAGAGGCUGCCUUUCAGACGGGACCUGUGUGUCACUGGGACACCUGUCUAUAAUGUAAACAGACACGGGACGGGGAACGUGUGCUCCUGUCCAAAGCUUGGCCAACCCUUCGGUUUAUAUGCAGUUGAGCCACGUGAAAUUGCCACGUCUACCCCUGAGUUUUUGUCAGCCAAGAUGGCAGCUUUACAUGGUUGAACCUUGGAGGGUCUUGAGUAUUAAAGGUUUUGUGAUUUGGCCUUUUCCUCCUCAAAUAAUAAAAGUGUUUGGUUUA